AAAGCAUUGAAAACAUUAUACAAAACUGAUUACUCAUUCAAUUGAUAACAUUUUGACUUUAUUUUUCAUUUGUCACUCAAUUGAUCACUAAUUGCAUACAAUGUCUGGACGUUAUGAUCGGGCCAUCACUGUCUUCUCACCCGAUGGACACCUCUUCCAAGUAGAGUACGCUCAGGAGGCCGUCAAGAAGGGAUCCACUGCUGUCGGCGUUCGCGGCAAAGAUAUCGUGGUUUUGGCGGUCGAGAAGAAAUCGGUGGCAAAACUGCAAGAAGAGAGGACUGUCCGCAAGAUAUGUCUUCUGGACGAUCACGUGGUGAUGGCUUUCGCCGGACUGACAGCCGACGCCCGUAUACUCAUCGAUAGGGCUCGGGUCGAGUGUCAGAGCCAUAAGCUGACGGUCGAAGAUCCGGUCACUCUUGAGUACAUCACACGAUUCAUCGCCCAAUUGAAGCAGAAGUACACCCAAUCCAACGGCAGACGACCUUUCGGUAUAUCAGCACUCAUUGCCGGCUUUGACGAAGACAUGACGCCUAGACUCUUCCAAACGGAUCCCUCGGGUGUUUACCACGAAUGGAAAGCCAACGCCACCGGAAGGAGCGCUAAGACUGUGAGGGAGUUCUUGGAGAAGAAUUACUCGACAGAAAUCGCCGAAUCAAAAGAGGCGACCAUUAAGUUGGCGAUUAAGGCGCUGCUGGAAGUGGUUCAGGGAAAGAACCUCGAAGUCGCUAAAAUGGAAAAGGGAUCCAAAAUGGCGUUACUGUCGGCCGAAGAGAUCGACAAAUACGUGACGAUUAUAGAGAAGGAGAAGGAAGAGGAGGCGGAGAAGAAGAAACAAAAGAAGUGAAGACAAUGCGAUGUCGAGUGAAGACAUGUUUGACAUGUCUUUGAUUUUUUAUUGAUUAUUAUUAAAAGUUAACAAAAAGUUGUAUUUAAUUUUCGAGCCAUUAAUUAAAAUGAUUUCGUUUUUUAAUUAA